AUGGAGGGAGCAAAUAAAACCGCUGUGUCUGAGUUCAUUCUGCUGGGGCUUUCCACCAUUGAAGACCACCUGCAGGCAUUCAUCUUUCUCCUCCUUUUUAUCAUGUACUUGGUUACACUCCUGGGCAACACACUGGUCAUUUUCAUAGUGUGGGUGGAUCACAGGCUUCACACGCCCAUGUAUUUCUUCAUCAGUAACUUCUCCUUCCUAGAGAUCUUGUUCACCUCUGUUACGAAUCCCAAGAUGCUGUUGAACUUCAUUACAGACAGAAAAACCAUCAAUUUCGCCAUGUGCAUGGCCCAGUCCUACUUCUACUUCGCUGUUGGGGCAACAGAGUUUGCCAUCCUCAUGGUCAUGUCCUUUGAUCGCUAUGUUGCCAUCUGCUGCCCCUUACAAUAUGUCACCAUCAUGAGGCCAAGACUCUGUGUCCAGCUUGUCCUUGGCUCCUGGGUGGGAGGUUUCUCAGUGAUCAGCCUGCACAUGGUCAUGAUGUCAAAGUUGAGGUUUUGUGGGCCCAACGUAAUCAACCAUUUCUUUUGUGACAGCACACCACUCUUCCAGCUCUCGUGUGUGGACACCCACCUUAUUCAGAAGAUGGAUGCCAUUUUGCUGUCCACCAUUAUGUUUAGCUCAUUAUGCUUAACUAUGGUCUCAUAUUCUUGCCUUCUUUUCUCCAUACUGAGGAUCCCAUCAACUGUGGGGAGGAAGAAGGCCUUUGCCACUUGCACUUCCCAUCUCAUGGUGGUCUCAUUAGCCUAUGGCAGCUGCAUUUUCAUGUAUGCCAGGCCAGUCACUGGUUAUGCCUUGGAUCUCAACAAAGGGGUGGCAGUGCUGAACACCAUAUUGACCCCUUUCUUGAACCCCUUCAUUUACACCUUCCGAAACAAGAAUGUUAAGCUUGCCCUCAGAGAUGCCAUUAAUCACAGAAUUGCAAAGCUGUCUCCUAUAUUCUGA